AUGCAUUAUUUCUACAAGUCAAACUCCUGGGUUGGUAGCAGCCCGCGCUACCAAGUGAGUGGUCAGGCUCAAUGGUCAUCGGGUAGAUCCGGCUCAGCUGAGGCAAACCGGAAAGCCCGACUUCCUAUCUUUGGAAAGUGGAAUGAGGCCAUGUACUGCGGAGAAGAGGGAGGUUCUGCACAGUGUAUCUGGCGGUUUGGUGAGCAACUAGCUGUGGGGUGCCUCAAGUUCCUAUGA